ACUCAUAAUCGUGGGGUACGUUCCAGCGUCGGUCUUCUCCCUUAGAGAAGGGCUCGUUUCUUACUCCUCAACCUCUCGAUUCUUCCCCUCAUUUUCCCAGCAAAAACCCAGCUCCGCGCUUCUCCAAAAAGGAAGAACCCCCAUCACCGAUCAUCGGAUGUCCCCGAAGGGACAUCACCGAUCGUCAUGAGUUCAGAUUUUUCUUUGAAAAUUCCAGCGGAGCUUGAAGCAGCUUCGCAGCUGAGAACGGCUCAGUUCUUUGUCACAAAAAGACCUUGGCUUGAUCUUUAUGGAGUUCAUAUAAGACCAGUCGCUCCUUUUGGCAGUGCAAGUAGUAAACCAUUUAUUGAUCCAGCACUUCUUCACCGGUGCUUGCCAGAUGAGCUACUCUUCGAGAUCUUUGCAAGAAUGACUCCGUAUAACUUAGGAAGGGCAGCUUGUGUUUGUCGAAAAUGGAGAUAUACAGUUCGUAACCCUGUAUUUUGGCGCAAUGCAUGCUUAAAAGCUUGGCAGAUCUUUGGAGUGGUGGAAAAUUACAAGAUUUUGCAGUCAAAAUAUGACGGUUCAUGGAGGAAAAUGUGGCUUUCAAGACCGAGGAUCCGUACUGAUGGUCUUUAUGUCAGUAGAAACACCUACAUUCGUGCUGGAAUUGCAGAAUGGAAAAUUAGCAAUCCAGUUCAUGUGGUGUGCUACUUCCGAUAUUUGAGAUUUUAUCCUUCUGGGAGGUUUCUUUAUAAGAAUUCAUCACAAAAAGUAAAGGACGUGGCAAAAUUCAUGAACUUCCGUGCGUCUAAAGCAGAAAGUGUUCAUAGUGGCCAUUAUACGUUGUCCGAUGACAAGGUUGAAGCUGCCUUCUUGUACCCAGGCUUGCGACCUACUGUUUGGAGAAUCCGCUUAAGGUUGAGGGGAACAAUGGCCGGUGCUAACAAUCGAAUGGACUUGCUUUCACUUGUUACAAGUGGUGUGAAUGAUGGUGAGGUUUCCAGCCCCGAUGAAGACAUUCUCGGAGUUGUGGAAGGGUGGCAAGAGGACGAAACACACAACCCAGAUGUGCCAGCUGUUACUCACAAAAGGGGUCUCACACCUUUCGUCUUCAUUCCAUUUGAAGAGGCGGAAAUGUCAGUUUUGAACCUGCCAGUGGAAAGGAUGGAUUAUUUUGUACCUGGCUGAUAACUGUAACGAACUGAAUGUCCUCCAUCUGUAAAUACCCGUAUGAAAUUCGGUCAUUGCAAUUUGGUGUUCUAUGUUGUUUACAUAUUAUAUAUUGUUCAUUUCUAAUGCACUUAUGCCGGGAAACACAAAAGUUGUGUUUUUGCAUUGCUUUGUCUUGUAUUCCGCCUUGUAAAUUAGAUAAUGUACCAGAACUCUGUUGUGAUUUGUAAUGUAUAAACUGCUCAUGUUGGAAUAAAUAAAUUGUUUGUUUGGAAAA